CGAUAUAUUCUCGAGAACCCAAGUUUCAUUUCCUGUUUAAACUCUUUAUAGCUCUCGCUAAGUUAGCAAGAUGUCACUAGUCAUUCCUGAGAAGUUUCAACACAUUCUUCGUGUCAUGGGCACGAAUAUCGACGGUAACAGGAAGGUCAUGUUUGCGAUGACGGCCAUCAAGGGUGUAGGUCGUCGUUACGCCAAUAUCGUUCUAAAAAAAGCUGACAUCGACUUAAACAAACGUGCAGGAGAAUGUUCAGAAGAGGAGGUCGAAAAAAUUGUUACAAUUAUGGCUAAUCCCAGACAAUACAAAAUUCCUGACUGGUUUUUAAAUAGACAAAAAGAUAUUGUCGAUGGAAAGUACACCCAGCUUACUAGCGCCAAUUUAGAUUCCAAACUUCGUGAUGAUUUAGAACGCAUGAAGAAAAUUCGUGCUCACAGAGGUUUACGUCAUUAUUGGGGCUUACGUGUACGUGGUCAACACACCAAGACUACUGGCAGACGUGGUCGCACUGUUGGUGUAUCCAAGAAGAAGUAAUUUUAUAUAUGUAUUAUAUUAUUAAUAAAUACUAAAAAUUAAU